GGACUCUUUAAGAAGCGUCAUUGGAUUAGCCGGGGAGCAUCUGCCUUUAGUCGGCCGGCAAACACCUCGAGAGGUGCACCUCAUGCGCUCGCCUUCAUGGUGCGACUUCAUCGCUUCAGGCUCUAAAGGAUGAAGCAUGUGAAAAUCGCGCAAUUGCCGUUGAUCUUUGCUUUCUUGCACGUCUGCUUGGCGCAGGCAGACUUUGCCCCGAAUUUCUUCGACAAUGGACCGUAUAGCGGCAACGGCAACAUGGCGCUCUUCAGCCUCUCGGAGGACACGCCCGUCGGCACACGAAUUUACUGCCUUAACGGCAGCGACCCUGAGGGCCAGGAGGUGAGCUACGGCGUGUCCUUUGACCCAGGUUUCAAGGAGUACUUCGCUGUUAACCCCAAAACGGGGAAUAUUACCUUAGUGCAAAAGCUGGAUCGAGAGAAAGAGGACUCCUUUGAUGUCAUGGUGAGCAUCACUGAUGGGAGAAGCAAGGUUGUGGAACGAGUGACAAUAUUUGUGAUGGACACAAACGACGAGAAACCCGAAUUCCAAAACAUGCCGGCCAUCAUUGACGUCCUUGAGACCACAGAGUCCGGACACAGCAUCUUCAAAGCGGAGGCUUUGGACAAAGACACGGGUUCGGGGGGAUCGCUCACCUAUUACCUGCUGAACACUCAGUCCGCUUUAUUUGCCAUUGACAGACACAGUGGAGUCAUUCGCAUCAAGCGUGAGGAAACGCUGGACUACGAGAAAACAAAGACGCAUUUUGUCAUUGUGGUCGCGAAGGAUGGUGGAGGCACCUUUAACGGCAAAGAGCAGUUUUUGUCGUCCUCCGCUACCCUGACAAUUAACGUAAUAGACGCACAAGACACGCCGCCGUCGUUUAUCGGGACACCUUACUUCGGCUACGUGUAUGAAGUUUCACUGCCUGGGUCUGAAAUAUUCACUGUUGCAGCCAAAGACGGCGAUGUGGGAAAUCCAAAUCCAAUUCGUUAUUCGUUUGAAGAAGGUGACGAUGGAGUUUUUAGCAUCAACGAGACCACUGGUCGGAUCACCCUGCUCUCAAGUCCCAUGUUUCUAAAGCGAGAAAUCUUUAACAUUAAAGUCAAAGCAUCUGAAAUAAGUCCCAACGGCCGUCUACUGGACUACGGCGAGACCACAGUGAUGAUCCGCGUGGUUGACCUGAACAACAAUCCGCCGACUUUCUACGGCGAAAACGGCACCCAAAGCACCUUUGAGCUGACCAUGUACGAGCAUCCCCCAGAAGGGGAGAUACUGCGGGGGCUUAAAAUCGCUGUCAACGACUCCGAUCAGGGGGCCAAUGCAAAAUUCAACUUGAGGCUCAUUGGGCCUGGAAGAAUGCUGCGGGUGGUCCCACAGACAGUACUGAACGAGGCCCAAGUCACAAUUCUUGUGGAGGACUCGGCAGCCAUGGAUUACGAGAAGCAUCACUUCCUCACGUACAAGCUACUUGCUGUUGAGAUCGAUACGCCGGAGAGGUUCAGCUCCACGGCCGACAUCAUCAUCCAUCUCCUGGACACUAAUGACAACGCGCCGAAAUUCUCCUCCGACUACUACAUCGCCAGAAUUCCGGAGAAUUCACCUGGCGGCUCGAACGUUGUGUCCGUCCAGGCGAUAGACCCGGACUCAGGACCAUGGGGUGACGUGGCAUAUUCUAUCUAUGGGUCUGGGGCUGACUUGUUCUUGAUCCAGCCAUCCACCGGGAUCAUCUACACACAACCAUGGGCCAGCCUGGAUGCAGAGGUGCGGUCCAAGUACAACUUUUACGUCAAGGCAGAGGACUCGGAGGGCAGGUACAGCCUGGCUGAGGUGUUCGUCACCGUGUUGGACCUGAACGACCACCCGCCUGCUUUCAAUGAUAACUUCCUGGAGAAGACCAUGGUGAUUGGUGCACCAGUCAAAAUAGAGGCUGUCGACGACGAUGCGGAGAUACCCAACAACGUGAUCGAGUACGCCAUCAUGAAAGCCGAGCCCGACAACAACAUCUUUGACAUCGACGCCGACACCGGCGAGAUCAACCUCAAGUCGUACAUCAAGUCCAUGGCCAUCAUUAAGAACAUCACCAACCAGAGGGACUUCACCUGGUCGCUGGUGGUGCAGGCCCGCGACCGAGGCCAGCCGUCGUUCAGCACCACCGCCGUGGUCAAGAUCGACAUCACCGAAGCAACCCAACUCAAAGGGGGGCCUUUGGGAUCAUUUUUAAUGCACAAUAAAAACAAGCCCUUGCAAAUCGUAGGCGGGCUCGCAUGCGUCAUUAGCUUAAUGGUCACGGUCACGGUGUUCGUCUCCACCGUCACCUUCGUACGUAACAAGAAAUCCAACCGGGUCCUGCCCAACCGCCGCGUGAGGAGGAGACCGCGCAACCAGCACGCGUGGACCUUCAAGAACCCCUUCAGGAGAGCGGAGAACCCCGAGGAGAAGUUCCAGGCGGAGGAGGAAGAUCAGGACGCCAGGAACGUGGCGGAAAACCUCAACCACAACAACAACGUGGGCAACGUGGUCCGGCACUGGCCCCCGCCUCCGCCGCCGCCCAGCGCCCCUUGGCUCCCGCCUCCUCCGCCGCCGCCCUGCGUCCCGGCGGAGAGGAAGUGGGUGGUGCCCACCGUCUCGGCCGCCGUGGCGGCACGGCCCAAGAAGAAGUCGACAACGCAGGACACGGUCAACAAGGCGCUGGUGUCAGAACUCAAAAUGAGACUGGAGCAGAAGAGGAUACGCAAUCACUUAUAGUGCUGUGUGCGCACGGAUGUGGUCGUGCGGGCGUGUGUGUCUAUACGCAGUACUUUUGCAAAAGUCUUAGGCCACCGCAAGCUUUGUUGUUUCGUUGAUUGCUAUUUAUCACACAUUAUUUGAGUUUUCAUCACAAGUUUCUUCUUAACCUUCAAGUUUCAAGCAAGUUCUAGUUGCAAAAAGCAAGGAAGUCACGUGGAGUCGGCCAUUUUGCAACGCUACUCCAAUGCAAAUUGGCGAAACCAUGGGCGAGGGCCUUAUGCUAAGACUUCAAAUCAUGGAGAUCCAGUUUAAGUCAAGCCGAGUCUCAUGAAUACCAAGUCAAAGUCAUUUCCAGUCUUUUGUAACUUUUAGCCAAGAAAGUCCCAAAGACCUAAAAUUGACAACUCAAAUUUGACUCUUCGGGUCAUGUGACUCGAGUCCACCACGUCUGAAUCUCCCGGAAUAUUCUGGCCUCCUGUUUCCAUGCCAGUGUCCAAUUGUUAGUCACUAACAUGCAUGUUAGAUUCGGUUCAAUGGCCUAUUGGUGUCAAUGGCCUUGCGACCAGUCCAGGAUGUAGACAGGAUCCGCCAACCUCAAAGCUUUGAGCCGCGAACUGUGAAGCAGACGUGGUAACCACGACCCACCGCGUUGCCAGGAAGUACAUUUCUAUAGCAUACACACUUCUCAACACUACAACUCCAGUAGUGUUCUAAGUUUGCCUGGUCGUACAAUACGAGUGGCCGUUUUUCCAGCCUCCAAACCUUUGUUACUUGUACGUUGCGUCUCUUUUGUCAAGGAUUGAAGGCACAUUGAGACAAGACUGCAUAUUUGGAUUCCAACCAAUCUCCUUUACGGGAAGAUUUCACUUGACACCAGCGCUGGCUAAGGAGAUCAGCCUGAGCUGGUCCAAAGGAAGGAAACCACAGUGAUCCGGUUAAGACCACUUUUAAUCCCAAAUACUCACCGGUACACAACACAGUUCUGCAAACUGUCUGUUUCUUCUCAUUUAAACAUGAUACUUAAUAGUCCUGUGUUAUUUCUGUUUUUCGCCAGUAAAGUUGUCCUCAAAAGGC